AUGACCGAACAAUUAUUAGACAUCUUAAACAAAACUUCAUAUCAAUAAUUUUUAUUUUUUAGCUUAACAUCAUAAUUAUUUAGAUUCAUUUCAUGUACCCAAAAAAAAUCAUAAUAAUAAAGAAGAAAAGAUUCAAGUGAACUUUCCCCAUUAAGUCCUCCUUCAUCAUAAGUGUAAGAAACAUAGUAUAAAUACUUGCCUUUGAUGACUAAAGCCAUUAAAGACGAGCUAGAUCCCAAAUGGCAAGAAUGCAAAUUAUUAGGUAAAAAUUAUACUCCUCGUUCAAACUCUGCCAUAGCUAUCCAUGAUAACCAGUAAUUGUUUUAUUUGACUUAGUUUAUAUUUGUAUGGGGGAUAUCAGUAAGCUGAAGGCAUUUUGUAAGACUUUUAUAAACUCAAUAUGAAUGGUGACUCCUAUUUUUGGCGAAUCAUAAAAUGCGAAUAUGAGCCUGGUCCUCGUUGUCGUCAUUCACUUUAUGCCUACAAGAGUUGUCUUUAUUUAUUCGGAGGAUAAAUAGCUGAUUCUAUAUCCACAAAUGAAAUAUUUGUUCAUGACGUCAAUCAAAGAUUUUGGAAAAAACUUGAGAUAAACGACUCAUAUCCAUAACCAUUAGAUAGCUAUAGUUCUGCUGUUUAUAGUGAUAAAUUAUUUAUAUUUGGAGGCUUUUACACUUCUGAUAUUUGCAAACAUUCUAAUGAAUUAUAUUCAUUUAAUUUCAAUCUAAAUAAUUGGAUUAAACUGAAUAGAUCCAAAGGAAGACAACCCCUUCCAAGAGAUGCUAGUUCUAUAGCUAUUCAUAAUUAAAUUCUAUAUAUGUUUGGAGGAAAGAAUGGAGAUAUUAGAUUCAAUGAUUUAUGGCAAUUUGAUUUGUCAAAAUAAGAAUGGAAUUCCAUCCCCAUUUGUGGUUCUAGUGAUAUUCCCAUGAAUAGAUCUGGACAUUCCCUUGUAGCUUAUGAAGGUUAGCUAGUACUUUUUGGAGGGAUACAUGAUAUAACUUGGGAAUUGGAUGACUUACUUACUUUUAAUAUAAGUAAGUAAGAAUGGAAGACAAUUAAUUAAGAUACUUCUCGAAGAAAGGAUAUGGAAGUUCCUUCUCCUAUUAAAUCUAAUCAAAGUCCACAGAGUAAAAGAAAGUCUGUUAAGUUUACACCAAUAAUUAGACCUUUUAAUUUAAGGAAGUCUUCAUGUUAAUCACCCAAAAAGGUCAGAUCCUUUACUCAAUCUUAAUAAUAUUAUUUUCCUAAAAGUUAGAAUGUAAUAAUGAACGAGGCUCAUAAAAAACAUGAUUCUUCAAUUAUUCCUUCCAAAAAUCAUGUUCAAGAAAGAAGGAAAUCAGAUUGUCUUAAGAAAAAGGCUGCUAUGCUAAAACUUUUUGAUGUUGAAACCAAUAAACGAGAUUCAUUUUAAGAUGAUUGCAAUAUUACAGAAAAAUUAAAAACUUCCAUACUUUUAAUUGGAAAUCCAAAAUAGGAUUUAAAACUAGCAAAAGGAACAUUGACUGAGUUUGGAAAAUAAAUAAUAUCCAAGUAUUAUUUGUUUUUAAUUUUAGAUUUAUACUUCCUCUAUGUAAUGGUAAAAAUGUAAUUAGUGGAAAAAAACCAUGUGCUCGUGAUGGACAUGCAAUCGCAGUUUUAGAAAAUCAAAUGGUUCUCUUUGGAGGUGAUAGACACACCAUGUCAUUUAAUGAUCUCUUUAUUUUAAAUUUGUCAUAGAUAUGA